UCAAACUCUAAAACAACAUGCAAGUGUCAAAUUAAAUUGAUACAUGGAAAAAUUGAGAACAUUUAAGUGAAACUCUUAUAUUAAAAAGUUUAAAAAUGGUAAACCACCCACACUAGAUUUACUCCUUCGCGACCCUCUCUUCCGCCACCCCCUUCGGACUCUAAAACUGAAAUAAAACAAUCUCUCUUUAAUUAGGUUUUUAAUUAUUGAGAAACCAAAAUCCUAACUCUAAAACCAUUUACUUAUAAGAACUUCAAUUAGGUUUUGAAUGACUUUUGUAAUUGAUGUUUUUCUUCUUCAAUUGCUUUAUUGAUUCUUAAAUCAUGCGCUUUUCUAAGUUUGCAAAAGGUGCUUAAUAGACUCGGAAGAAAAUAGUAGAAGAAUAUGUAAGGUACUUACUUAUUCAGAUUUACCAAAAUUAUGAAUAUUGAGCGUCGAUAUUAGGGUUUAUCUUUGUUAAUGUUGAACUCAAUCUUUGUUAAGGGACUUCAAAAAUAAACAACUUCAAUUUGAAUUUCAAAAGAUAAUUGAUGGAUUAAAGCAAGAAUUUCAAAAAACAAACAUCUACACAUGAAGAUACAAGAAGCAGACAAGAUUAAUAUCGAUUUGAAAACUGAUGAUGGGGAAUUUGGGAUUCAAAGAUCAAAAAAUUUGGCUGAGAAUACUGAACUAAAUAAGCAACUGGAUAUUGCUGGUAAAGUAGAAGCUGAACUGAAUCAAAGUUUGGAGGAUAUGAAAACAGAAAACGAGGAAAAGAAGAUUACAGAUGACAAGGUAGUGAUUGAGGAAGAAUUCCAAGCAGCAACAGAUGAAGUUUCUGUUCUGAAGCAGCAAUUGAAACAUGCAGAACAGCCAAUAAGCCACAAUCUGGAGGUCACAGUGGAAGAAAAUGAAUCAUUAAAAGCGAAACUUGAUAAGAGAGAAAAUGAAGUUUCAAACCUCAGUGAUAUGCAGAAGUUGGAGCUAUAUGACAGAAUAGCAGAAUUGGAAAAAAUAUCAGCAGAGAGAGAAUCGGAGCUCUCAGUUCUCCAGGAUAAACUUAAGAAAGCAGAGGAAGAGGGUUCGGCUCAAAUGUCGGCUUGCAAUGAGCAUAUUGAGAAUCUUAAACAUGAUUUGUUUUCCAUGCUUAAUCAGAUACUUGGUUUAGAUCAAAUGAGCAAAGAUCUGAAUUUAAAGUUGGAAUCCGCACACAGCGAAAAGAAGGAAGUUGAAGAACAAUUGAGAGCCAAAGAGCGUGUGAUAGACAAUUUAAAGUUAAGUCGGAACAAAGAAAAAGAGUAUAUAAAGAGUAGCGUGAAUGAGAUGAGUAAACUGAGAUUGGAGAACUUGGAGCUAUAUGAUAAAAUAGAUGAAUUGGAAAGAUUAUCAGCAGCAAGAGAAUUUGAGAUUUCUAGACUCCACGAUAAACUUUAUAAGGAAUGGGAGGAAGAGGCUUUAGGAAAAAUAAAUGUCUUCCAAGCCAAAGUUGACAAUCUGCAAAAGGACUUGCUUUCCAUGCAGAAAACAAAAGAAGAAUUUGAGCUCUCUUACAAAAAAAGCAGAAAAGAACAUGCAAAAACCAUCAAAAUUGUAGCUAAGUUGGAACGCCAAGUUGAAGACCUCAAAAGAGACGUGGAAGAGAAAGGAGAUGAGAUCACCACUUUGCUUGAUAAUGUCAGAAAUCUUGAGGUAAAGCUUCGUCUGUCAAAUCAAAACCUCCAGGUUACAAAACAAUUGCUAAGUGACAAGGAGAAGGGUUUUAGAAAGGCGGAAAAUCAGAGAGCACUUAAAGACAGGAUUGCUACUUUGUCAGCACAAGUUACUGCUUACAAUAAAGCUUUUCAUGAAACUAGCACAAAUGUUAAAGUGUGUGUCAACAGUGUGAUAUCUGAGAUAGAUACUGUAAGCUUGAAAUUUUCUGAAGACUGCAAAAAUCAUGAGAACCGCUUCUCAAACAUCUCACAUGAGCUUCAGGCUGCAAUAGAAUGUGUGAGGGAGAUGAAUAGGGAAAAGGGGCAGUUAAAGGAAGAGGAAUUGAUUCUGAGGGAGAAGGUUGAGAAGCUAGAGGCAACAGUUGUUCAACUUAAGAAGACAGUUGAAGAACUAGAGAAGAUGGUGAAAGAGAAAGAGGAAGGUAUAUUGGACUUGGGAGAGGAAAAGAGGGAGGCCAUUAGGCAGCUCUGUGUAUGGAAUGAUUAUCACCGUGAGCGUUGUGACUAUCUCAAGGACAUCAUUUCAAAGACUCUCAGAGGCCAGAGAGGAUCAUAAAUCCUUUGCUCUUUUUUUUUAUGUUGGUGAUUUGACAUAUAAUUAGCUCAUUUUUUCCUGUGAGAUAAUUGUUUUGUUUUCCAUUAUACAAACAUGAGUGUGUUUGUAAUUUGAUUUGAGUUUUCUUAGUUAGUUCUGUUCUGGUCUUGAAUUUGAAUUGAACAAUUGUAUUAAGGUCUUUUUGUUCAAUAAAAAAACUAGAACCAUGCAAGCAUCAUGCAUGACAUGUGGCAUUAUCCAUAAGCA